CGGUGGAUCAAAAAAUAUUAAUUUAUGUGAAAAAUGGAAUUGAAAAUGGAUGAAAAUUGUGAAAAGUCAAGUGACAAAAAUACAUCACCGGAUACGCUUAUUGAGACAAAAUUAUCAAGAAUUCCAAAAGCAUUUUCCAUUGAAAAUUUAAUUGCAAAAAAGUCAAGCAAUUCAGAAAUAGAAAAUGAAUGUCCAUCAGUUCCGGACGUAAAUUAUCAGCAGCAUCGAAUUCCACCAAUAGCAUUUCCGCAAAAUUUUCCAUUCUAUCAUCCAUGGGCGGCUAAUUACUUAAUGUCACACACAAAUGUAUCGCCAGAAAAUUUAUUACUCAAUGCCAGUGCCUGCGUUGUCAAUUCUCAACAGUUGUAUCAACUUCAAAAUGAUAAAUUGGGCAAUUUUGUAGACAAUUCACAGCCACAGCUGCAUCCGAAAGAAAAAUUUACGGAGAUGCUCUUUAAUCCAUUGAACAAUUUACCGCAUGACCAAAAUAAUCUUGCAACAUAUCAACAAUUACUUCAUCACCAUCCCGACCAGGCAAACUUCUUUGCCAGUAAACUUAAGGAUGCAAAUUUCAUUAAUGAAUUUUACACAAAUUAUUUCAUGCUGGAAAAUAAUCGAAUUAUGAAUUUAACAAUUAAUAGUGAUAAUAAUAAUGUGGUGAUGAAAAGGACCAAAAAGAGUUUAAGCAAUGAGAACAAUAAUAUUAGCAGUAAUAAUAAUUUAAGUGGGAAUAAUGAUAAUUCAAAUAAUAGUGAUUAUGAUAAUAAUGUCAAUGAUAGUCAUAAUAAAUUGAUGGUGAUGGAUCGAAAUGGAAUGUAUUAUGAAGAAGAUUCAUCAUAUAGUGAUUUAAGUGUAACCAUGUCACCUGAACAGAUACAAAUUAGUGGACAAGAUAAAGAUUUAUGUAAUACAGAAUCAGAAUGCUCGGAUAACGACGAUGAAUGUGAUGAUGACGAGGAAAAUAUGGAAAAUUCGAGUGAGAAUGGACAGAAAUCAGGAGCUAAGUCGAGGAGACGAAGGACGGCAUUUACGAGUGAGCAGCUGCUGGAAUUAGAAAGAGAAUUUCACGCUAAAAAGUAUUUAAGUCUAACGGAAAGAAGUCAGAUUGCGACAAGCUUGAAAUUGAGUGAAGUGCAGAUCAAAAUUUGGUUCCAAAACAGACGAGCAAAAUGGAAGCGAGUAAAAGCCGGUCUAACGUCACACAACAUGGGAAAUCGAGGAACACAAUCGACGGGAAAUAAAAUUGUUGUGCCUAUUCCUGUUCACGUUAAUCGAUUUGCGAUACGUCAUCAGCAUCAAACAAUGGAGAAAUUGAGUCUUUGUGGACCAAAGCCGGAACUGAGGACGGCAUCGAAUGUUGAUAGCAGUUGCUUUGAAAGUUUUAAGAUGCAGAAGGCGACGAAGCAGUUUUCGUAGAGUUGAGGUGUGAUUUGAAGAUUAGCUAAGAGGCAGCCAUAUGAAAUCCAAACAGAAUCAAGUGUCGCUCGGGAUUUUAACCUCAAAAAAAAUUCUGAUUUUAAUUACUUAAAAG